AUGACGAACGCCGGAAAUUCGUUUCCUGUCGAAAAGCGCGACAAGGACAUUGAUCCUGUACAGGAUGAUGGGGACAGUGAUGAUGAUGAGUUCCAUGAUGCAAGAUUCCCCGCGGAGGAAGAAGCGCAACUUCUGAGAGAAGCUCAUGAAAUCAAAACAGAAGCGAACCAACUAUUUGGUUCUGGCUGUUAUGACCAAGCCAUCUCCUGCUACGAUCGAGCUCUCGCCUCCUGCCCCAACUAUCUGGAUUACGAUGUCGCCGUGCUCCAUUGUAACAUCUCCGCAUGCUACCUGAAGAUGGAAGACUGGAAAUCCGCAGUUGACUCGGCCACAAUGUCCCUCGAUCGCCUCGAGAAGAUCAUCCCCUCCGAACCGUCAAUUCCCGACCAGAACGACUCCAAAGAUUCAAAACCCAAAACCCCACAGGAUUGCGACGCGGUGGUCGAGAUAUCCGGAGAUGAUGCUGAUGCAGAGGAAGAAGAAUUAAAACGUCUGAAAGAACUGGACGAGAUCCGCACCAAUGUCCUUCGAAUCCGGGCUAAGUCCCUGAUGCGGCGCGCCAAGGCAAAAUCACAAAUGGGCGGCUGGGCUAGCUUGCAAGGUGCUGCGGAAGACUACCAAGUCUUGAAUGGGAUGGAUAACCUCCCACCGGAGGACAGGCGUAUUGUGCAACGAGCUCUAAGGGAGCUUCCAGCCCGGAUUAACGAGGCCAAGGAAAAGGAGAUGGGUGAGAUGAUGUCGAAGAUGAAAGAGCUUGGAAACGGCUUUUUGAAACCAUUUGGUCUAUCUACGGAUAAUUUCAAAUUCGUGCAAGACCCAAAGACAGGUGGAUACUCUAUGAAUUUCGAGUCUUGA